AAGGCCGGAAGUGGCGGACGCCAUGGCAACGGCGUACACAGAGCCGCGGCCUCCCCGCGCCGGGGACCGGCUGAGGAGGGGGCGCAGAUCAUUUAUUUGAAGACUCUCUGUGAUACUGAAGAGAUUAUGGUCACGGUAAGCUAGCGCCGUUGUGGAUUCUGCAGCGGGCAUUGUGUUGGCAUUGCCGCGGUAGUCUGGGAAGAGGACAAGGCGCCCACGGUACCUUUACCAGUUAGAAUGGAUGCAGUAGAAAGGAGAGUCCAAACAUUUGUGCGAGUCAAGCCAACAGCUGAUUUUGCUCAGGACAUGAUCAAGUUUGGGCCAGGCAACAAGAGCAUAGAUAUAUACAUCAAAAAAGAUGCCAAGAAAGGAGUUGUGAAUAACAGGCGGACUGACUGGUCCUUUAGGCUGGACGGCGUCCUUCACAAUUCCUCCCAGGAACUGGCCUAUGAAGCUGUGGCCAAGAAAGUGGUGUCCGAAGCUUUAAUUGGCUAUAAUGGCACGAUAAUGUGCUAUGGGCAAACGGGGGCUGGUAAAACUUACACCAUGACGGGAGCAACCGCCGAGUACAAGCAUCGAGGAAUCAUACCCCGAGCCAUACAGCAGGUCUUCAAAGCAACUGCGCAUUCCGUUGAUCCGUUCGUCACUGUCCGAAUAUCCUACCUGGAAAUCUACAACGAGACCCUCUUUGACCUUCUGUCCCCCAUGACAAGCAAUGGGACCAGUGAUGUGCAGAUGGCCGUGGUGGAUUGCCCGCAGGGUGUUUAUGUGAAGGGCUUAUCUAUACAUUCAGUUAGCCACGAGGAAGAUGCACUAAAUCUCCUUUUUGAGGGCGAGACCAACAGAGUGAUAGCAGAGCACACACUGAAUAAAAACUCGUCCAGAUCCCAUUGCAUCUUUACUAUUUAUAUUGAGUCUCGUUUCAGAGUUUUCUCAGAUGUCAAAUGCGUUAACUCGAAAAUCAACUUAAUAGAUCUGGCAGGAUCAGAGAGACUGAGCAAGACUGGAUCUGAAGGACAGGUUCUGAAAGAAGCCAUGUACAUCAACAAGUCUCUGUCGUUCCUUGAGCAACUCGUCAUUGCCCUGGCUGAUCCGAAGAGGGACCACAUCCCCUUCCGGCAGAGCAAGCUCACUCACGUUCUCAAGGACUCGCUAGGGGGAAACUGCAAUACUGUCCUAGUGGCAAAUAUCUGUGGGGAAGCUGUGCACGUGGAAGAGACUUUGUCUUCUCUUCGUUUUGCUACCAGAAUGAGAUGGAUCACAACAGAGCCAGUCAUCAGCGAGACAUAUGACCAAGAGGGGACAGUGAAGGCUUUGGAGAAGGAGAUUAGUCUUCUGAAGCAGGAACUGGCCAUGCAUGACAGCUUGGUAAAUCGUUCUUUGGUGACUUAUGACCCCCUGAGUGACAUCCAGAUAGCAGAGAUUAAGUCUCAAGUCCAUAAAUACCUAAAAGGAGCCAUUGAUGAAAUUGAUAUAGUGAACGUCAGGCAAGUCCAGGAGGUAUUUAAGCAGUUCAAACUGAUUGUAAGUCAACAGGAGCACGAAGUGGAGGCCAGAUUACGAAGCAAGUACGCUCUGAUAGACAAAAAUGACUUUGCGGUUGUUGCUGCUGUUCAGAAGGCAGGUGUGGUUGAUGUGGAUGGCCAUUUGGUGCUGGAAGAGGAUGGACAGGAUUUUGGGACAAGAACUGCUCCUUUUUCAUCCAGGCGUGGUGGGAAGAAGAAAUCCAGGAAACGCAAUGAGCAGCCCAAGAAGGAAGGCAUCAGGAGCUCUCAUUCUGGGAGAGAUCUGGAUGGUUUUUUACCAUCAAAAAGCCAUGUAAUAACUUCCACCAAGGAUCUGGAUGUGAAAGAGGGAGCACGGAACCAGGAUACAGCAAAUAUUGAUGCAGAGCUCCCAAAGCCAGCUCCUGUGGAGGAUUCCCAGCGACCCAGCUCCCCUCCAUCCAAGCUGGUGGCAUUUGAGCAGUUUAAGGAGGAGGGCGGAAGUGAGAUCAGCCGGAUCUUUAAAGAGAACAAAAGCAUCCUCGUUGCCAGGAAAAAGAGAAGCAGUACAGUAGCGCAGAGAAUCAACUUCAUCAAGCGUGAGAUGGAGGGCAUCAAAAAGGCCCUGGAGGCUCAGAAGCAGGAGCGGUGGCAGCAGGGAGAGUAUGUUGAUGAGAAAGGACAGAUCAUAAUUGAUGAGAAGGAGUUUCUACUCAUCAUGAAGCUGAAGGACCUGAAGGAAGAGUACAGGUCUGGUUAUACCGAACUGCAGGACCUCAAGGCAGAAAUCCAGUACUGCCAGCAUCUGGUGGACCAGUGCCGGAACAAACUCGUCUCAGAGUUUGAGAUCUGGUACAACGAGUCCUUCCUUAUCCCCAAGGAUGUGCAGGAAGCUCUGAAGCCCAGUGGCAACAUCAGACCUGGAAUGAUUCCCAUAAACAGAGUCAUGUGCCUGGAGGAAGACGAGCAGGAGAGGUUUGAGCGGAUGCAGGAGACAACGCUGCCAGCCUGCCCAGCUUCCGUCUCAUUCUACAAGGCGAAAACGAAGACUGAUCAAAAGGUAACCUCAGCUGGGCCCAGUUCCACGUACCCCUGCCGAGGCGCGCUGGGAGAGCGAUUCUGCGCCUCGCUGCCAGCACAUGUAUGCCAGAACCAUGUCAUCCCUCGAGCAAAUGCGUAAGAAACCCGGGCUCAUCACAGCUGCUGGGAAGAAUAAACCCCUGUCCUUUCUGCAUGUCGUGUAGCAGGUUCGGGCUCAGCCUGGAACCCAGCAUUCAAUAUGCAGCGUCACCUCAGAAAGCACCUCGCGGUCAUGUCCACAAUAGAUUUAUCAAAAAUAAAUAGUAUGGGGGGAAAAAAAAACCACCCAACUUCUGUGCAGCUAGACUGACAGUUAUUGGUAAUCAAACCUGGUGUUUAGACAGGAAGCAAGCCAGGGAGCUCAAAUAGCAACGCUUCGUUUUCUGAGUGUUUCUGGAAAACGCAGCAUUGCGACAGAGAGGUGUGUUGUGGACAGCCUGGGCUGCUUCUGCCUCCCUCCUUCCCGGUGCUGGAGGCAAGGGCCUCCUGGGCUUGUUCUCAACGGAGCGUCACGGCACAUCUUUGCUAGUUUGACACUCUCUAGGUGGAUCCUGAGAAGCCAAGUCUGGAUGAGAGCGAGUCCUCCCUUGGAUGGAAGCAACCCCGGGGCGUUUGCUCUCCCGGAGAGAGGAAGGGGCUGGAAAGGCGCACGAGCGGAGAAGCAUUUCCGUCAGCUGCCCGGCGUUAGCUGCGGCGGCACUGAUUUAUGGCAGCUUCCCCGCCCCAGCGCAGCAGCAACGGGGCACUGUUUGCCCGCCGCUUUCCAGGAAGGCGGUUCAGAUCCAGGGUGAGAUCAUGGUGCUCGGCAACUGGAAAGCUCCAGAGGAUACCGCGCUGCUUUGCCAGGCUGCUGUUAUCUUCGCCUGCUGAGUGGAGCGUGCCGAAGGCCUGCUGGAAGUCCUCCUCCUCCUCCAGCGCUGGUGGAGGUGGGAGGCUGACUCCAGCUUGACACAUGCCGGGAGGUCUGUGUACCAAAUAUCCAGGCAAGAGCGUCCCGUCUCCUCCUACUGCUGCAAAUGGUUUGCGACCGCAUCAGUCUUGCCAGGCCUGAGCUGGGCUGGUCCUGUGAUUUACCCAAAAUGAUGAGAGACGCGAGAUCUCGCAGGGCUCCCUCCGCCGCCCGGCUCGCCCAGGGCGCAGGGCAAGCGGCGCGCGUGGGCUGGCCGUGCCGCUGGGUGCCCUGAUGUCUGGGCGCACGGAUCUGCCUGCGGAAGGUAACGAAACAGUCAAAAUUAAUUUAAUACCCGCCUGGGCAAUGAUGACGGCAUGUGGCCUCUGGGGCUGCUCUGGUGAUGGCAGGCAUUUCCUCAAGCCUCGCCUGCCAUCAGUGCUGGCUCCUCAGCGCUCCUCUCUUGCCUGUAUCACAGCUGUGGCUCCGAGGAGCCGCGUACGGACGUGGGUCCGUAUAUAUGUAUGGAUAUACGUGCUGGUCACGCUGCAAGCUUGGCUUGAAGGAGCUCUUGGGGUCCAGCUCCUCCUUGGGGUUUCUGCUUCUUGUCUAAGCAGGGAAUAAAAAUGUCAGCCAUGA